AUGUCAACCAAACCAAAAGUAUUAAGAGUUGGACAAAUCGAAUAUGCUCAUGAAAGGUGGAAUCAACUUGAAUCCAUUGCUGAAAUAAUUGACUGCACUUCCCAAUCCCGCGAAGAAUUCAUUCAUGAUCUUAAAACUAAAUACCUGGAUGUAACUUGUGUUUCUCGUACUUUCUACUCCUAUCCCAUGACUGGUAAAUUGGACAAAGAAAUUGCUGAAGCAAUGUCUCCUACUGUUAAAACAUUAAGUCAUAAUGGAGCUGGAUAUGAUCAUAUAGUAGUUGAUGAAUUUACUAAAAAAGGAAUUCAAGUUUCUAAUGUCACCUUUCCAGUGGAAGAUCCUACUGCUGAUACAGCCAUAUAUUUGAUGUUGGGUUGUAUGAGGAAUUUCCAACAAGGGCGUGAGUUGUUACGUCUGGGGAAUUGGCCAAAAAAUGGUGGAGUCGAAGCUGGAGGUGUAAGAAUGGGCCAUACUCCAAAGGGGAAAGUAGUUGGAAUUUUAGGUAUGGGUAGAAUUGGCCGUGCAAUUAGGGAUAGAUUAAUCCCAUUUAAAUUCAAUAGAAUUAUUUAUUAUAAUAGAAAUAGAUUAGAUCCAGAAUUAGAAGGUGCUAGUGCUGAAUAUGUAUCAUUUGAUGAAUUACUCCAAAGUUCAGAUAUAAUAAUCGUAAGUAUGCCAUUGAAUGAAUCUACAACUCAUAUGAUUAAUCCAAAAACUAUUGAAAAGAUGAAAGAUGGUGUAAUCAUAAUCAAUAUUGCAAGAGGCGCAAUUAUUGAUGAACAACAUUUACCCAAAUAUUUAAAAUCAGGUAAAAUUUCAUCAUUUGGAUCAGAUGUGUUUGAGAAAGAACCGAUCGUUUCUCCUGAUUUGUAUAAUCUUCCCAACGUUAUUACUUUACCUCAUAUGGGCACCCAUGCAAUAGAAGCUCUCAAAUAUAUGGAAGAAUGGGUUGUUGAUAAUAUUGAAUGUUUUAUCAAUACUGGAAAAGUGAAAACAAUCGUACCUGAACAAUAUAACAUGAAAAUCUUAGAAUAG